UCCUCCUUUCUCCCGGUUGCGUUGAUCCGCCCGAGAGCAGCGUGGGGCAGCCGCGCCAUCUACCCAUAUGGGUCAGGGCUGAGGGGCGGUGAAGCAACUCGGGCACUUUCCCAGGGAUGAGUCAGAGCACGGCGGGAUCGGCCUGACGGGGCGCAGGCCGGCCAUGCAGCGGCAGCCCGAGCCCUCUUCAGUCGCGUGCUUCCCGGCGCCGAGGUGCCAGGAGGAGCAGUCGCCGAAGCUCUCCGCUGCCCCGGACUCUCCGCCUGGACGGCCCGGCCCCCUGCACCCUCCGCGGUGCCGGCAUCGCUAGCGCCUUCGCCUUCCUUUAUGGAACCCCGAGAAGCCCAGGACGGGAGCGGCGGGAGCAGCCCGGAGCUGGGCCGGAGGAGGCAGCUGAGCGUGGGAGAGCUGUGCUCGCUUUUCGAGGCUCGCUGCGCGAUGGCCAGCCGGCAGCUGCCGGAGCCUGCCCGGAAGAGCUGCCGGCCCCGCAACGGGGUGCUGCAAGCGGUGAUCCCGCAGCUGACGGUAACUUCGGAGGAGGACGGCGGAGAGGCGCAGCGCAGCCCUGCCAUGCUGCCCUCGACGGAGCCCAACGGCGCCUGGCUGACCACGGACAGCUCGCUGCACCUGCUGCAGUCCUCCAGGCGGCUCUCGACGUCGUCGCUCUCCUCCACGGGCUCGUCGUCGCUCUUCGAGGACUCCGAGGAUGACCUGCUGAGCGACACGGAAGGCAGGAGCCAAGGGAUCGUUCACUUGGAGCACGGCGAGGAGACGCACCAGAAAAAGGCAUGGCAGACAAUAAAGACAAUUGUCAAUUUGCCAGUCAUCAGUCCCUUCAAAAAGCGGUAUUCUUGGGUGCAGCUGGCUGGUCACACUGGAAGUUUCAAAGCAGCCGAUGCUGGGACGAUUCUGAAACGCCACUGUGAGAACGAGGAGAAGUGCUUUGAACUGCUGAUGAAAGAUUCAUUGCAUUCCUGUGUCCCUGUCUUCCAUGGUGUGGUGGAGAGAGAUGGCGAGUCCUAUUUACAGUUGGAUGAUCUUCUAGCUAAUUUUGAAGGGCCUUGUGUGAUGGAUUGUAAAAUGGGAGUCAGGACAUACUUAGAGGAAGAAUUGACUAAAGCACGAGAAAAACCGAAGCUCCGUAAAGAUAUGUAUAAGAAGAUGAUAGAUGUGGACCCUUUGGCACCGACUGAUGAAGAGAACACACAGCAUGCGGUGACCAAACCUCGGUACAUGCAAUGGAGGGAGACGAUCAGCUCCAGUGCUAGCCUGGGUUUCAGGAUUGAAGGGAUAAAGAAGGCUGAUGGGACUUGUAAUACCAACUUCAAGACAACAAAGACACGAGAACAGGUUUUCCAGGUUUUUGAGGAAUUCAUUAAGGGAAACACAACUAUAUUGAAAAAAUAUUUGCGGCGUCUGUGUGAAAUUCGUGGCAUUCUUGAGACUUCUGUCUUCUUUAAGCAACAUGAGGUAAUUGGAAGUUCACUGUUAUUUGUGCAUGAUGAAAGUGAACAUGCCAAUGUGUGGCUCAUUGAUUUUGGAAAGACCACUUUUCUUCCGGAUGGGCAAAUCUUGGACCACAGGAUUGCUUGGCAAGAAGGAAACCGGGAAGAUGGAUAUUUAUUUGGACUGGACAAUUUAAUUGAUAUCUUAGAAAGUAUGUUGGAGAGAUGAGAAAUACUAACCUGAAGUUGCUAACCUUUCUAUAAUUGCUCCCUCCGAAGCCUUUUAAAAUUCUUCCAGGACCUUGGAGGUAUCUAGAAUAUGGAAGACUUCAGCAAAAAAGAUGUAAUUCCUAACCAACCAUGAAACCUAAACAGUUCAGAAGCUAAUCUUGAAUGCACCAAGCAAAGAUAAGAGUUAUGCAAGAAAUAGGAUGGUUGUGAACAUUUGGAUGAUGAUCAGGACAUUUGCUUACAUGUAAACCAACUAAUUCAGUAUUGCUGUUUAUUGACCUUGGGCUUAGAGUAGAAAAAAAAUAUUUAUAUCAGAGAUCUCCUUCAAAGAAGAAAUCCUCAAAACCAACAAGCAGGCUUCCCUCCUUUCUCCAGCGUUUACACUGUAAAUAUUCCCGCGUUCGCAUAUAUGCAACACAUCUUGGAACUUGGUGCAGAAUAUAUAGAUUCAUAGUUUUCCUUUUUUUAAAAAAAACAAAUACUCUAGUUUCUAUUCUUGUACAGAAAAAAAAUGAAAAUAUGCACAGAAUGCUGCUGAAGCUUUAGAAACCAAAUGGCAUCUCAUAGACAAGGCAAGAAUUUACUCUUGAUCCUAUCCUCACUGUCUAACUUUCUCUUUUUUUGUUUUUGGCUUAGCCUUGUUUCCUUUGAAUUAGUUUUUCCCCCCUUCCCAUUCCUGCAAAAAUAUUAUGCACUUUGUCAGUACAACUAACCCUCCCAAAACAUUGAAUACCAAAUUAACCUGUUUAACCUGCUCACAUCUAAGUAUAGAUAGAGUUUUAAAUUGCCAUAUAUAAAGAACUCUGGGUAUAACUGACAUAAAAUCAAUUUGUGCAAAGGACACAAAUAGCCAUAUUUAUUCUGUUUCAGAAUAAUUAGUGAGUAACUGUCUCUGUGUGUUUGACACUCUCUGGUAGAGAUGCUUAACAAUUGUAAAAGGUAAAAUGUUGGUUCUCAUCUAAAGAGUUUGGUUCCUAUCUAAUUGCAUUAAUGUCUCUAAUUGCUAACAUGUUUAAAGAGAGGCUGGGAUUGAUUUUAAGGCUCCUAGAUUUAAGAUUCUUGUAAUCCAAGAAAUUGUAGAGACAAAGAAGAGCCAUGUAUUUUAAGAUAUUUAGCUUCAGGGUAAUUCAGUGACUUUGGUGUGCAUGAAUACAGAAGUGACACCUAAGCAGUCACUAUGAAUUUGAAUGUUUGUGGUAUUAUCCUACUUUAAUGAUUCAAUUUACAAAAUGAAACAAUUAUUAAUUUAUCUAGUUGAAACAGACUCCCCCCCCACACACACAUCUAGAGAUUAAAUCUUCAGCCUUGUCAUUCAGUGAUAAAACAGUUUAAUCACCAAGUGACUUCCCCACUUUGUACUUCUAGUUGGAUCUACUAGCAGGCUUUUGAAGGUAUAAGGGAAAAAUUAUCAAGCAGAAUGUUUAUGGGGGUUUUCAGGCCUUUAGUGCUUAGGCUUUGUGUUAAAAAUCCACUUGGUACAUCAAUUAAUCUAGUAUGUUUAAUUGAUUGUUUGGAUAAAGGCUCAGGAAGUGAAUGCAACAAAAUAGAAACUUUGCAAUAUUAAUUCUUGGGUCUUGUGAUUUGCGGUAGGCUUAAAAUCACACUGAUCAAAAAUGCCCCCUCUAGUCUGCGGAAAAACCUCCCUUCACAGAAUCGGUCUUUGGACCCCAAGAGGUUGGGGGGCUGCUGCUGUAGAUAGUCUGAUGAGCAUUAACUUUAAAAAAAUGGCCUCCCAUUUGCUUGUCAGUUUCAACAGACUCACAAGUCAAUUUUAGCCACACUUUAAUUCUUUCAUCUCCAUGUCUCUUUUGGUCUUUUGGUCAUGGAUGAGACAAUAUAAAUAUUUUGGUAUUUCAUGGUGCAAAAAAAC